CGAGUGAUCACGUGUCUUUUUUUAACAGCCGGGUAAUCUGGAGCUCAGCCUUGUUUAGAAUUAAUUUUCCUCCUAAAACGGUUGUAAUUUCAUCAAUAUACGGAUAUAUUUUGAGGCCUCAAUAUGCCUAUAUUCUCGGAGCUGUAUUUUAAUGUGGAUAAUGGUUACUUGGAAGGCUUGGUCAGGGGUUUUAAGGCUGGGAUUCUUUCACAGGGAGACUAUCUAAAUCUCGUCCAGUGUGAAACCCUGGAAGACCUGAAACUCCAUCUGCAGAGCACGGACUAUGGCAGUUUCCUGGCCAACGAGCCGUCCCCCCUCACCGUGUCCGUCAUCGACGACAAGCUCAAAGAGAAGAUGGUGGUGGAGUUCCGUCACAUGAGGAACCAGUCGUACGAACCGCUGGCAAGCUUCAUGGACUUCAUCACGUACAGCUACAUGAUAGACAAUGUGAUCCUGCUGAUCACGGGCACCCUGCACCAGCGGGCCAUCUCUGAGCUGGUACCUAAGUGCCACCCGCUGGGCAGCUUUGAGCAGAUGGAGGCAGUCAACAUCGCCCAGACCCCAGCAGAACUUUACAACGCCAUCCUGGUCGACACCCCUCUGGCUGCUUUCUUCCAAGACUGCAUAUCUGAGCAGGAUCUGGAUGAGAUGAACAUCGAGAUCAUCCGUAAUACUCUGUAUAAGGCUUAUCUGGAGGCUUUCUACAAGUUCUGCUCCACUCUGGGAGGAACCACUGGUGACACCAUGUGUCCUAUUCUAGAGUUUGAGGCGGACAGGAGGGCCUUCAUCAUCACCAUCAACUCCUUCGGUACGGAACUGUCUAAGGAGGACCGUGCCAAGCUGUUCCCCCACUGUGGCAAGCUGUACCCUGAGGGGCUGGCUCAGCUUGCCCGUGCUGACGACUACGAACAGGUCAAAGCUGUGGCCGACUACUACCCUGAAUACAAGCUCCUGUUUGAGGGAGCAGGCAGCAACCCAGGGGACAAGACACUGGAGGACAGGUUCUUUGAGCAUGAGGUGAAGCUGAACAAGCUGGCGUUUCUGAACCAGUUCCACUUCAGUGUGUUCUAUGCCUACGUCAAGCUGAAGGAGCAGGAGUGCAGGAACAUCGUGUGGAUCGCUGAGUGUAUCGCUCAGAGGCACCGCGCCAAGAUAGACAACUACAUCCCCAUCUUCUGAUCUGA